AUGAAGUGGCCCGUUCUGUUUUGCGGCGGACUGGGUAUUGCGUCAGCUCUCGAGAAACCCCCAGUCAAGAAGUUCGAGCUUGACCUGACUUGGAGCAGUCGGGCGCCGGAUGGAGUGGAACGGGAGCAAAUUUUGGUUAAUGGUCAAUUCCCUGGACCCCCUCUCAUUUUUGACGAAGGCGACGACGUUGAAGUGACAGUCAACAACUUCCUACAGUCUGAUACCACGGUGCAUUAUCAUGGAAUUGAGCAACAAGGUACAUCGUGGUCAGAUGGCGUACCUGGCGUCUCGCAAAAACUAAUCGCCCCUGGACGAAAAUUUGUCUCAAAAUUCACUGCGACACAAUAUGGAACACACUGGUACCACUCCCAUUCCAGAGGGCAAAACAUGGAUGGUCUUUACGGACCGAUCUACAUCAGACCACGAAGCAUCCCCGAAAGUCUGUUCAAUGCAAUUUCAAACGACAGUCUGACUCGUUCUCAAAUUCAGAGGGCGAUUCAAACCCCAAAACUGCUCAUGAUAUCUGACUGGUUCCACAACACAUCCGAGGAACUUCGAGACAUCGCGUUAUCUACAAAUAUUGACACAUUAUGUGUGGAUUCUAUCUUAAUCAACGGCAAAGGAAGAGUGCGCUGUGUCGACCCAGGUUAUCUGAGCAGCCUAAUUCCCCCUCCGCUUUCACCUUUACUUCAAGGUCAAAACUUCACAGCAAAAGGAUGUCUGCCAACCCACAACACCUAUGCUCAGACGACCACAACCCAUCAUAACUAUAAUGAGCUCCCACCGUCCUUGUUUGACCAGUGCAAUGCCACGAACGCAGCAGAGGAAGAAAUAAGAGUCGAUCCUCGGGAUGGCUGGAUUAGUCUUAACCUGAUAGGCGCUGCAUCUAUUUCGACACUCGCAUUCUCUCUCAACAACCAUUCUCUAUGGGUAUACGAGGUGGAUGGGCAGUACAUUGUGCCCACUAAGGUUGAUACCCUCACACUAAGCAACGGACCGCGCUACUCUGUACUCGUCCAGUUAAACAACACACCUGGCGAUUAUAGGAUGACAUUCGCAAGUGCAGGAUUUAACCAAAAGAUUGCAGGAUACGGCGUACUGUCGUACAUUAAUGGCGAUCCUUCUGUGGUAGGGACGCCCCUGCUCAAUUACGGCGGCGUUGAGAGCCCAGGUGCCAUCCCGCUCAACGAAAACACCAUCAAGCCCUUGAUUCCCAAUGCACCAGCCCAAGAAGCAGAUGCAACCUUCCUCCUUGCGAUUGGUCGAAUUGAGAAAGCUUGGAAAUGGUCCCUCAAUGGGGAUCAUUCAUAUGAUCUGUCACUGGAGGCGGAAAAGCCACUGCUGUGGGAUCCUGAAUCACAAGCGAAUAGCAGCCUCGUCAUUACCGCAAAUAAUGGCACCUGGGUGGAUAUCAUCUUCGAUGUCACUGGAACCAAGACGACCCUUCAGCCGGGCCAUCCAAUUCAUAAGCACUCGAACACGGUCUACGUUAUUGGCGCGGGCACUGGGAAGUUCAAUUGGACAACUGUCGCAGAGGCGAGGAAAGAGAUUCCACAUCUGUUUAACCUGGAGAAUCCCCCAAUAAGAGAUACCUUUACAACACUACCUGCAUUCCAAGGACCGAGCUGGAUGGCCGUUCGAUACCAUGUUCAAAAUCCUGGGGCCUUUUUGCUCCAUUGCCACAUUGACCCGCAUUUGACAGGUGGAAUGGCGCUCGCCAUGCUUGAUGGCAUAGAUACCUGGCCUGAGAUACCCGAAGAAUAUGGUCCGACAGGUAAAUGGGGUAAAGCAACCGAACGAAAGUAA